AUGAGAACCUCACACUGGGUCGCUGUUGAAAUUGCCAGCCUCGUCGGCUUUGGCACGGCACAUCCAGCGAGUUUGGUCACUGGCCUAGCUACGCCCAAGAUUGACACGCAUGCACACGUCUAUCCAGACUUCUACCGAGAGGCCGUGAUUGAAGCUGGUUGGGUCCCAGGCCCUGACGGCAAUCCUGCUCCGCCCGCCUGGAACGUCUCAAUGCACCUAGCAUUCAUGGAAACCAACAACGUAGAAAAAAGCAUCGUCAGCUGCUCUAGUCCCGGGACUAAUCUCUACCCCAACGAUACGACAGCGGGAAUUGCCUUGACGAAAAGAUUCAACGACUUCACCGCCGGCCUGAAACAUCAAUAUCCAGAUAAAUACGGCUUUUUCGCCUCCCUGCCACUGCCCGACAUUGAAGCCACGCUGGAAGAAAUUGAUCGAGCCCUCGACGUUCUCAACGCCGAUGGUUUCGUAUUCCUCUCCAAUUUCGCCGGUCUAUAUCACGGGGACCCCAAGCUCAAGCCCGUCUACGACAAGCUCAAUGCUAGAAAAGCUGUCAUCUUUAUCCACCCGACAAUCCCAUGUCCGGCAAGUACUCCCAAAGCCGUCGUGGGGACGGAACGUCUCGACUACGUCGCACCGCUGAUGGGCGCAUAUCACGCGCCGACACUGGAAUUCAUCUUCGACACGACGCGCACUGUUUCCGACAUCAUCAUGACCGGUACAGCCACGACAUACACGAAUCUGAAAUGGAUCAUUCCCCACUGCGGCUCGGCGAUCCCUUCUGUUCUCGACCGCUUUGUGCGCAUCGCCUCUUUGCUGGGCGCAAAAGUGGGCUCCGACCGCACAUCGGUGCCCUUUAGCGUCGCUAACGCGACGGCGCUGCUGCAGAAGCAGUUCUGGUUUGAUCUCGCUGGGUUUGCGAUGGGAAAUCAGAUAUACGAUAUGAAACGAUUGUUCGGGCCAGAGAAGUUCCUUUACGGGAGCGACGUGCCGUUUACAGCGCCGGCAGGGGCUGUUGAGCUUACCGACGAGAUGAACACGACGUUGCCAGAGUUGUUUAGUGAUGGUGAAAUUAGUGCUAUUUACCGAGGGAAUGCGGUUGGAUUGUUAGGACUGUGA